AUGGGUAUGGUGUUAUCUGAGUCCCUAAAGACCAUCUACUUAAAGUUCUCAUUGUUCCUCUCCUUCUCUUAUGGCUUCAGAAAGCUUUUCUCAACCACCCCCACUGUUAGUCAAGAACUUUUCUGGAAUUACAAAGUAGAAACAAACACCAGUGAUAGCCAUCUUCUGGAUGGGUCUUUUGGAACCCAAACUAUCCACGUCAAUGCCUUACGAGGUAUGGUCAGCAUCCGGGACAACAAUGUUCUGAGUGAAUGGGAUGGAUCCAUGAACUACAAGAAUGGCCUGCUGGCAGCUAAGCUGUUUGAUAAGAUGGCCUGUGUCCUGGUCAAGAUGGACCAAGCUGUCUUCCCAACUUUGGAUGAAAUUAUCAGGGCCCUGGGCCAGCAGGAUUCAAAGCAAUACCCAUCUACCCGAGGCCUAACAUACACCGUUUUACCCAGCCGGGUCAAGAAUGUAGCCCAGUAUGGAAUGCCCAUCAAGGAUAUGUGCAGAGCGGUCCCCACCUACUUUGCCCAUCAACAAAAAGAAGGUGGGGCACUGGCAGUUGACCCUGAUUCCUGUUUUGAGAUCCAACUUCUGUCCUUUAUGGGGCUCGCCAUCUGUGGUGAGAUCCCUGGCCUCUGA